AGUCCCGCUCCGCGCCGCGCCGCUUCGCUCCGGCUCUGGCUCGCCUCGGGCCAGGCUCGGGCUCCGGCGGCUGCGCCCCCCGCGCCGGGCUCCCGGGGCAGGCUGCGGCGCACCAUGGCCCGCGCCCAGGCUCUCGUCCUGGCGCUCACCUUCCAGCUUUGCGCGCCCGAGACCGAGACUCCGGCAGCCGGCUGCACCUUCGAGGAGGCGAGUGACCCAGCAGUGCCCUGUGAGUACAGCCAGGCCCAGUAUGACGACUUCCAGUGGGAGCAAGUGAGGAUCCACCCUGGCACCCGGGCUCCUGCGGACCUGCCCCAUGGCUCCUACUUGAUGGUCAAUGCUUCCCAGCAUGCUCCAGGCCAGAGGGCCCAUGUCAUCUUCCAGAGUCUGAGUGAGAAUGACACCCACUGUGUGCAGUUCAGCUACUUCCUGUACAGUCGGGAUGGGCACAGCCCGGGCACUUUGGGCAUCUAUGUGCGUGUCAAUGGGGGUCCCCUGGGCAGUGCCGUCUGGAAUAUGACUGGAUCCCACGGCCACCAGUGGCACCAGGCUGAGCUGGCUGUCAGCACCUUCUGGCCCAAUGAAUAUCAGGUGCUGUUUGAGGCCCUCAUCUCCUCAGACCGCAGGGGCUACAUGGGCCUAGAUGACAUCCUGCUUCUCAGCUACCCCUGCGCAAAGGCCCCGCACUUCUCCCGCCUGGGCGACGUGGAGGUCAAUGCGGGCCAGAACGCCUCGUUCCAGUGCAUGGCUGCUGGCAGAGCAGCGGAGGCCGAGCGCUUCCUUCUGCAGCGACAGAGCGGGGCACUGGUGCCCGCGGCCGGCGUGAGGCACAUCAGCCACCGGCGCUUCCUGGCCACCUUCCCGCUGGCCGCCGUGCGCCGCGCGGAGCAGGACCUGUACCGCUGCGUGUCCCAGGCCCAGCGUGGCGUGGGCGUCUCCAACUUCGCAGAGCUAAUCGUCAAAGAGCCCCCUACCCCCAUUGCGCCCCCGCAGCUGCUGCGCGCUGGCCCCACCUACCUCAUCAUCCAGCUCAACACCAACUCCAUCAUUGGCGACGGGCCGAUCGUGCGUAAGGAGAUUGAGUACCGCAUGGCGCGCGGCCCGUGGGCGGAGGUUCACGCGGUCAACCUGCAGACCUACAAGCUGUGGCACCUCGACCCCGACACGGAGUACGAGAUCAGCGUCCUGCUCACGCGCCCCGGUGACGGCGGCACAGGCCGCCCCGGGCCGCCCCUCGUCAGCCGCACCAAGUGCGCAGAGCCCAUGAGGGCCCCCAAAGGCCUGGCUUUUGCUGAGAUCCAGGCCCGCCAGCUGACCCUGCAGUGGGAACCACUGGGCUACAACGUGACACGUUGCCACACCUACACUGUGUCCCUGUGCUAUCACUACACCCUGGGCAGCAGCCACAACCAGACCAUCCGGGAAUGUGUGAAGAUAGAGCGGGGUGUCAGCCACUACACCAUCAAGAACCUACUGCCCUACCGGAAUGUCCAUGUGCGGCUCGUCCUCACUAACCCCGAGGGGCGCAAGGAGGGCAAGGAGGUCACGUUCCAGACGGACGAGGAUGUGCCUGGCGGGAUUGCGGCUGAGUCCCUGACCUUCACUCCGCUGGAGGACAUGAUCUUCCUCAAGUGGGAGGAGCCCCAGGAGCCCAAUGGCCUCAUCACUCAGUAUGAGAUCAGCUACCAGAGCAUCGAGUCGUCAGACCCGGCAGUGAAUGUGCCAGGCCCACGGCGUACCAUCUCCAAGCUCCGCAAUGAGACCUACCACGUCUUCUCCAACCUGCACCCGGGCACCACGUACCUGUUCUCCGUGCGGGCCCGCACGGGCAAAGGCUUCGGUCAGGCGGCGCUCACCGAGAUCACCACCAAUAUCUCAGCUCCCAGCUUUGAUUAUGCCGACAUGCCGUCACCGCUGGGCGAGUCUGAGAACACCAUCACCGUGCUGCUGAGGCCGGCGCAGGGCCGCGGGGCGCCCAUCAGUGUGUACCAGGUUAUUGUGGAGGAGGAGCGGCCACGGAGACUCCGGCGGGAGCCGGGCGGCCAGGACUGCUUCCCGGUGCCGCUGACCUUCGAUGCGGCGCUGGCCCGAGGCCUGGUGCACUACUUUGGGGCCGAACUGGCGGCCAGCAGUCUGCCUGAGGCCAUGCCCUUCACCGUGGGGGACAACCAUACCUAUCGUGGCUUCUGGAACCCACCGCUUGAGCCCAGGAAGGCCUACCUCAUCUACUUCCAGGCAACAAGCCACCUGAAGGGGGAGACCCGGCUGAAUUGCAUCCGCAUUGCCAGGAAAGCUGCCUGCAAGGAAAGCAAACAGCCCCUGGAGGUGUCCCAGAGGUCGGAGGAGAUGGGGCUUAUCCUGGGCAUCUGUGCAGGGGGACUUGCCGUCCUCAUCCUCCUCCUGGGGGCCAUUAUUAUUAUCAUCCGAAAGGGGAGAGACCACUAUGCCUACUCCUACUACCCGAAGCCAGUGAACAUGACCAAGGCCACGGUCAACUACCGCCAGGAGAAGACCCACAUGAUGAGUGCCGUGGACCGGAGCUUCACGGACCAGAGCACCUUGCAGGAGGAUGAGCGGCUGGGCCUCUCCUUCAUGGACGGCCAUGGCUACAGCCCCCGGGGAGACCAGCGCAGUGGUGGGGUCACUGAGGCCAGCAGCCUCCUGGGAGGCUCACCGCGGCGUCCGUGUGGCCGGAAGGGCUCCCCGUACCACACGGGGCAGCUGCAUCCUGCGGUGCGUGUGGCCGACCUCUUGCAGCACAUCAACCAGAUGAAGACGGCCGAGGGCUACGGCUUCAAGCAGGAGUAUGAGAGCUUUUUUGAAGGCUGGGAUGCUACAAAGAAGAAAGACAAGGUCAAGGGCGGCCGGCAGGAGACCAUGCCUGCCUAUGAUCGGCACCGAGUGAAACUGCACCCGAUGCUGGGAGACCCUGAUGCCGACUACAUUAAUGCCAACUACAUAGACGGUUACCACAGGUCAAACCACUUCAUAGCCACUCAAGGGCCGAAGCCCGAGAUGGUCUACGACUUCUGGCGCAUGGUGUGGCAGGAGCACUGUUCCAGCAUUGUCAUGAUCACCAAGCUGGUGGAGGUGGGCAGGGUGAAAUGCUCGCGGUACUGGCCAGAGGACUCGGACAUGUACGGGGACAUCAAGAUCACGCUGGUGAAGACGGAGAUCCUAGCGGAGUAUGUUGUGCGCAGCUUUGCCCUGGAGCGGAGAGGCUACUCUGCUUGCCACGAGGUCCGCCAGUUCCACUUCACGGCGUGGCCGGAGCACGGCGUCCCCUACCACGCCACGGGGCUGCUGGCUUUCAUCCGGCGCGUGAAGGCCUCCACGCCCCCUGAUGCUGGACCCAUUGUCAUCCACUGCAGCGCGGGCACUGGCCGCACAGGUUGCUACAUCGUUCUGGAUGUGAUGCUGGACAUGGCGGAGUGUGAGGGCGUCGUGGACAUUUACAACUGCGUGAAGACCCUCUGCUCCCGGCGCGUCAACAUGAUCCAGACUGAGGAGCAGUACAUCUUUAUCCAUGAUGCAAUCCUGGAGGCCUGCCUGUGUGGGGAGACCACCAUCCCUGUCAGUGAAUUCAAGGCCACCUACAAGGAGAUGAUCCGCAUUGACCCUCAGAGUAAUUCCUCCCAGCUGCGGGAGGAGUUCCAGACGCUGAACUCGGUCACGCCACCACUGGAUGUGGAGGAGUGCAGCAUCGCCCUGCUGCCCCGGAACCGGGACAAGAACCGCAGCAUGGACGUCCUGCCGCCUGACCGCUGCCUGCCCUUCCUCAUCUCCACCGACGGGGACCCCAACAACUACAUCAACGCAGCCCUGACAGAUAGCUACACGCGGAGUGCAGCCUUCAUCGUGACCCUGCACCCGCUGCAGAGCACCACGCCUGACUUCUGGCGGCUGGUCUACGACUAUGGGUGCACCUCCAUCGUCAUGCUCAACCAACUGCACCAGUCCAACUCCGCCUGGCCGUGUCUGCAGUACUGGCCUGAGCCCGGCCGGCAGCAGUAUGGCCUCAUGGAGGUGGAGUUCGUGUCAGGCACAGCGGACGAGGAUUUGGUGACCCGCGUUUUCCGGGUGCAGAACAUCUCUCGGCUUCAGGAGGGGCACCUGCUGGUGCGACACUUCCAGUUCCUGCGCUGGUCUGCGUACCGGGACACGCCGGACUCCAAGAAGGCCUUCCUGCGCCUGUUGGCCGAGCUGGACAAGUGGCAGGCAGAGAGCGGUGACGGGCGCACCAUCGUACACUGCCUAAAUGGGGGCGGCCGCAGCGGCACCUUCUGCGCCUGCGCCACGGUCCUGGAGAUGAUCCGCUGCCACAACCUGGUAGACGUUUUCUUUGCUGCCAAAAUGCUUAGAAACUACAAACCCAAUAUGGUGGAGACCCUGGAUCAGUACCACUUCUGCUAUGAUGUGGCCCUGGAGUACCUGGAGGGACUGGAGUCAAGAUAGCAGGGGCCCCUGGCCUGGGGCACCCACUGCACACUCAGGGCCAGGCCCACCAUCCUGGACUGACAUGGAAGACCUGCGCCCCCAACUCUGCUCAGCUGUAGCCCUCACAGGGAAAUUACUGGAGUGGGCGCUGGGCCAUCCUGGUGCCCCCUUCUACUGUGGGCAGGGCCUUUCAGCACCUCCGUGGGUACGCUGUGGUCCAAGGAGGAGCUUAGCAAGACUGCAGCCCAGCCCACCUCCGCGGGGUCCUGCAGGCCUUCUGAGAGGCCUGGCGCUGCCCGGCAGAGUGAUGGGCUCAGAACUGCCGGCUCGUGAUGGGCUCAGAACUGCCGGCUCUGGGAGACCCAGGCUCAAGCCCCUGGAUUGCAUCCCAGCCCUCGGCAGAGAUUAAUGAGGCCCUGUAGGGCAAGUGCCAGGCCAGGGUUUCCACCCAGCUUGGCUGGACAUGGGUAGAGAGUGCACUGGGGCUUGGCAUCUAGCAUCCCAUCUGGCCCAGCCCCUGAGGGUCCUGGGGAGACUGGACUCUGCCCUGAUUUGCCAGUGGGCACUUCAGACUCGUCCUCCCAGGGGGAACAUCAGCUCCCUCCUCCACCCGCUGCCUCCCUGCAGCCCUGGGGAUAUUUUGCUCCUGAUCCUUACCCCCCCUCCAUUUCUGCUUCCCUGAAUGUGCUCUGAGCUUCCCCGAACCAGGAUCUGCCCAUUCCUACCCUGUCCCGUGUGGGGUCCCUUCCCUGCUUGACCCAAUGUCUGCAGAACGAAGUCACCUCAGCCCCCACUGCCUAUAACUUUCAGGCCUCACUGGCUGGGUCCUGCUCAGCCUGGGUCAGUGACAAUCUGCAAGGCUGAAUGACAGCCCCUGGGGUUGAGGUCCCUGUGGCUUCUGGUCAGGCUGGCCACUGGGACGCUAUUAAAUUAGGGGUGCUCAGCACCUCUAGAGUUUGGAGAAAGAAGGUAUAUUUUGGGAUGGAGGAUCUAUGCUUUUGUUGUUUAUUUUAUUUUUUGAUGGGGGGGGUGGGAAGGUCUCUUUAAAAUGGGGCAAGCCACACCCCCAUUCCGUGCCUCAAUUUCCCCAUCUGUAAACUGUAGAUAUGACUACUGACCUACCUCGCAGGGGGCUGUGGGGAGGCAUAAGCUGAUGUUUGUAAAGCGCUUUGUAAAUAAACGUGCUCUCUGAAUGCCACAGAGCAGCC